AUGAUUCCUACGUUCCAAGCAAUACACAAAGACGUGCGUUUGGGAACUCCAACAAACAACAAGAAGGUUCAUUAUCAGGAAAAAGCGGCUUUUAUAAUCCCCGCCAAUAGCACUGAAGCGGCGGACACGGUGGUACAAAAGCUUGCAGCUGAGAUUAUAAAGACGGCGAGCAAAGAUGACCUAGCCAGAAAACGACCGGCGUCUUCGAAGGAUCACUCGCCAACAGCUUCGCCGCUCAUCGACCAGAAUACGGGCGACCGCGAGUUCUUCAAGGAGCUGGAGCUGACCGAACAUGCGGGUCAGCUGGAGAGCGUGCUGAAGAGCCUGGCCAGCAAGGGCUUCGGCCUGCGCAUGUACGCCGUCGCCGGGGAGCAGGCCAAGCUGCUGCACGCAGACCUGGAUGAGCAGCAGCGCAUGGACCGCGUCCGACGUGUCUAUCAAAAGGUGAAGGUAGUCUUCGAAACCGAACAGCAGAAGAAAGAGAGUCUGCAGAGCCAAGCGGCAGCCGCCAAGACGGCCUCCGCCGCCGCAGAGUUCAACGCCGGGUUAGCCAAGUCCGAGCAGCGGCUCAAGGGCCUUAAUCUGGUCCUCCUCUACUACGCUUCCGGCCUCAAGUACCUGUACGAAGAGGCGGGCUCCGGGCAAUCUGACCGCUCCAACCUGGCUGUCAUUGACCAGAAAAGAUGAAAGCCGCCUGAUGGCCUCGUGUCUCCAGACAAAAUAUCCC